AUGGAGAGGCGUAAGAGUGAUUCCGAUGUUGGUGUUGUGGAAGGAGGUGGUUAUGGUGGUAGUGAGCCCAGAGAAGGGAGUGAAGAGGAAGGGAGUGAAUUGGAACUGUUAAGGCUAGUGGUGAAGGAGGGGGAGGUGGAGGAGGAGGAGGAGGAGGAGGAGGAGGAGGAGGAGGAGGAGGAGGAGGAGGAGGAGGAGGAGGAGAAGCAGGGAAGAGCAGGGAGAUUCGUGAGUGGACUCAACACUCAGGAGGAAGAGGGUGAGGAAGAGGGUGAUGAGUUUACUCCGAUUGCCACGCCCAGACUUUUGAGUGGACCCAAAAUUCAGGAGGGGGAGGAGGAGGAUGAUGGGGAUGAGCUUACUCCUAUCGCCACGCCUGUUGCAACUCCUGCGACCGCCGCCCUUUCCCCGUCCAGCUCGCCUGUGCUUCUUCGGAGAAGGAACGCAGAGGAGGAAGGAGAAGAGGAGGAGGACGAGGAGGAAGAGGAGGAAGAGGAGGAAGACGAUGAGGAGGAUGAGUUCACUCCAAUUGCUACUCCUGUGGGCGCCCUUUCCCCGUCCAGCUCUCUUGUCUCCCUGUCCCCACCACCCGACCAGCCAAAAAAGUCCAGGUUCAAUGUACCUGAGCAGUCGGUCUUUGCGGCACAGCCAAAAGGGUCCAGGUUCAAUGAACCUGGAGAGGAGAAGAGGGGAAGAAAGGGUGGCGGGGCAAAGGAGGGGCCAGAGAAAGCUGCACGACUUGCAAGUGGCUCCACCACCCUUUCUUCCCCUCUUCUCCCAACGGGGAACGCUGCACGACUUGCCAUCCCAAGGGGGAACGCUGGGGUUCCCAGGCACAGGCAGUGCCAGUCGUUUUCCGGCUUUGACUUUGGCUCAACUGCACCUGGACAGAUGUUUCUUGAGGCACAGCCAAAACAGUCCAGGUUCAAUGUACCUGGACAGACGAUGUUUGAGGCGCAGCCUAAAGUGGUCAGGUUCAAUGUACCUGGAGAAGACGAGAGGGGGAAGGCGGGUGGCAGGGAAUAUUCAGGGCAAACAGGGGGAGUAGUGCAACAGAAAUGGAACAGGUUCAAUGGACGGGAAGAGGAGAUGGGACAGGAAGAGGGUGCGAGGACCAGCAAUGCACGGGUUCCCAUCCCCAGGGGAAACACUGGGGGUUCAGUGGCUUCUGCUGCUCCUGCUGCUGCUGCUGCUGCUGCUGCUGCUGCUGCUGCUGCUUGCGGUGAUGGGGUUUCAUGUGGUAGGGUAUCAUCAGGUGAAAUUUCAGGUAGUGGGGGCAGUGGUAAGUCCAGGCACAGGCAGCACAGGCAGUGCCAGUCGUUUUCCGGCUUUGAAUCUGGCUUGAGUGCGUGGGAUAUGGGGGACGGGAGGGCGGGAGGGAGAGGAGUGGAUAUAGCGGGCAGAGGGCGUAGAGAGGAGGGCUUGAGUCUGUGGGAGAGGAGGAAUGGGGGGGAGAGAGGGAGGGGAGGUGGAGGAGAGGAGGGAGGGGGAGUGUCGCUUACAGUAGCAUCGUUUGCGGCUGGGAUGACGGGGGAAGGAGGGAGAGGGAGGGAUGGAGGAGGGAGGGGAGGAAGGGGAGGGGAGAUUGGGGGACUAGUGUCGUUUGCUUCUGGGGUUAAGGGAGGGGAAGGGGAAGGUGAGAGAGAGGGGGGUGGGUCAAGGAGGGGAGGGGGAGGGGGAGAGGAGAGGGGGUUGCUGUCGCCAAAAACUUUGUCAUUUGCUUCUAGAGUGAAAGGAGGAGAGGAGGAGGGGUUGACUUUUGACUCGACUCAAAAGUCAACUGUGUCGUUUGCUUCUAGAGUGGAAGGAGGAGAGGGAGAAAGAGAGGUGGAUGGAGGAGGGAAGGGAGGGAGAGGAGUGGAUGGUCAGAGGGGGGAGGAGUAUGGGAAAGGUAGAAUGCAAGAAGGGAGGGGAAGGAAAGGAGGAGAGGGCAAUGGAGGGAAGGGAGUGGUCGAUGAGGAGGAGGAGGAGGAGGAGGAGGAGGAGGAGGAGGAGGAGGAGGAGGAGGAGGAGGAGGAGGAGGAGGAGGAGGAGGAGGAGGAGGAGGAGGAGGAGGGGGAGGAGGAGGAAGGUUGCCCGGCUGGUUCGGCUGCUCACACUCCUGCGGGUUCGGUUGCUGGUUCGGCUACUCACACUCCUGCUGGUUCGGUUGCUGGUUCGGUUACUCACACUCCUGCUACGUCUGAUGAUGAUAGCAGUCCUCGCAAGCAGCGGCAUGCGAGGCUUGGCCGAAUUGGAGAUCAGCAGAAGCAGGGGCAGCAGCAGCAGGGGCAGCAGCAGCAGCAGCAGCAGCAGGGGGAGGAGCAGCAGCAGUCACAGCAGCAGCAGAGGCAGCAGCAGCAGGGUCAGCAAGGGCAACAGCAGCAGCAGCUGGGGGAGCAGGUACAGGGGAGAAUAGGCGGAGCGAACCAAAGGGGGCUGGGUUCCCGAGGGCUGGGAUCAGGAUUGAAGGGCAUGGGUGAUCCGGCCGAACCUGGAGAGCGUGCAGGCGUUGUGGGUGCAUGA